AUGAAGCCGCAGGAAUGGUUCCGCAAACGCAGUGCCAAUGGCCAGACGGUCCCCAUGUAUAACUCCUCGCAUAGCCAGCUUCCAAUGCUGCAUCUCCCUGACACAGUCCGGAACAAUUUCAUUGCCGUGGUGGGGGAGUUUGUAGGCACUUUUUUGUUCCUCUUCUUUUCCUUCGCUGGAACCCAGGUGUCUAAUACCCCGAAACCAGCUGAAGGGGCUGAUCCAAAUACACAAAACCUGCUGUACUCGGCAUUGUGCUUCGGAUUCUCCUUGAUGGUCAACGUGUGGGCAUUCUAUCGGGUGACUGGAGGCUUGUUCAACCCUUCGGUCACACUGGCUCUGUGUCUGGUCGGCGGGCUGACCCCUCUUCGCGGGGUGCUUGUCUUUGCGGCCCAAAUUGUAGCAGGGAUUGCAUCUGCUGGUGUCGUCAGUGCUUUGUUCCCAGGGGCCUUGAAUGUCGGUACUCGUUUGGGUGGUGGUGCAUCAAUCUCCCAGGGCCUAUUCAUCGAAGUCUUCCUGACAGCUCAGCUGGUGUUUAUUAUCAUCAUGCUGGCCGUUGUGAAGCACAAAUCGACGUUCCUGGCUCCAGUGGGAAUUGGCUUGGUGUUCUUCGUGACUGAGAUGGUUGGCGAUUACUAUACCGGAGGCUCACUCAACCCUGCCCGAUCCCUCGGCCCCGACGUGAUCAACCGCAGUUUUCCAGGGUAUCACUGGAUCUACUGGGUUGGCCCACUGCUCGGGAGCCUUUUGGCGUGCGGCUUUUUCUCAUUCCUCAAGAUGUUCCAGUACACCACCGUGAACCCAGGUCAGGACUUCAACGAAUGGGAAGCAAAAAUGGGACCAGGGUCGUGGAACGACUCGACACACCGUCCGUCAUAUUAUUCUGAUGCUACUACGGUAGAUCGGGCACAGUCACCAACGGCUGGAAGGAGGAACCACACUCCGAGUAGCUCGCAGCCGCAGAAUAAUGUGCCCAACAUCCCUCAUGGGGCAGAGCAGGUGUAA